AUGCAUGGCCUCCUCCCUGGUUUCGCGGCGUUUACUACGAAGUAUAUGCCAGUAAAUAAGACAUUCAACUCCUUUGUGCUUAAAGAACUCACUUCGGCCAUAGAGAAAUCCGCAGGCAUCCUCUCCUCAGAGGCUCAUAACCAUCUCCAACAGAUUUGGACUCACAACACAGAGUGGCAUGAAGUCUUGCUAAAAGACACCAUUUUAACACUACACUCCGGCAUGAGCAGCCGCAUAUUGGUAGGAAAGGACCUAUCCCACGAUCAGUCUUGGACGGAGCUCGUCAAGCGCAAUGCUGUGAAUUCGUUUCAAGCGGGCGAUACGAUGUACAACUGGCCUAAGAUCUUCCGAUAUCUAGUCCACUGGUUCCUGGCCCCUUGCCGCACCCUACGUAGGGACAUGAGAGAAGUUCAACAGCGCGUCAACGUAGUCAUACAACAGCGCCGAGAAUCCCAGGCUGCUCAAAAGUUGCAAGGGAAGUCUUCUGAGUAUUUCGACUCGAUCCAAUGGAUGGAAGAGGCGGCAGGCGGUCACGACUACGAUCCGGCGUUGGUCCAGCUGACGCUGUCGAUGGUAUCGGAACAUACGAUGACGGAUCUACUGACACAGACCAUGCUGAACCUGACAAAACACCCAAACCUGGUGCAGGAUCUACGCAAGGAGAUCAUCGCGGCGAUGAAAGACGAGCAGUGGGGCCGACGAUCCCUUCGCAAACUCAUACUCAUGGACAGCAUGUUCAAGGAAACGCAGCGCCUGAAACCAAUCAGCCGAGGCACAAUGAGACGUAAAGCGCUUACCAACGUCCGCUUAUCUGAUGGACUCGAGGUCCCUAAAGGCACGACAUUCUUUGUCUCCUCAGAACACAUGCAAAGCAAUUCUACAUACCCGCAUGCGCACACAUUCGACGGAUACCGCUUCUACAAUCUUCGACAAGAGCCCGGCCACGAGAACCUCCACCAAAUAGUCAACACCAGCGCCGACGAGGUCGGAUUUGGACACGGGGGAUAUGCGUGCCCGGGACGAUACUUUGCGGAUGCUGUGGAGAAGAUCUCACUUUUCCAUAUCUUGCUGAAGUACGAUUUCCGCCUGGCUGAGGGAUCGAGUGCCGAUCCUAUAAAUUAUGGCACGUCUUUGAUCUCGGACCCGACGGCGAAAUUGGUUGUCAAGCGUCGGCAGGAGGAGAUCACACUAUAA